AUGAAACUCGCAGUUGCUGUAUUGUCAUCGAUCUUGCUUGCCCUCUCGGUUACUACAGCCAAUCCAGUCAACCCCAGUGCAACUACAGAUGUUGAAACUAGCACUUCAACCGUCAUUCCCAGUGCAACUACAAGUACUGAAGCUAGCACCUCGUCAACUCCUAAUCCAAACGGUAUAGGCUUGGGUGCUCUUGAUACACUUCCAGGUAACGUCAAGUAUUUGCUCGAAAGAUACGUAAAGCUAGAUCAUAAUCGUAAUCAUCAUGAAAAAAUAUGCGACUCGUUAAAAUCUGAAUAUGAGGAUCAAAAGAAACUGGUAACGGACUUGGGAACAAAGCUUUAUAUUUUGAAACGUAAAUCUCGAGAAAACGGUGGCAGUCCAGAAUAUGAUGGUGAAAUUCAGGAGACUAAGAUUGAUCUCGAAGCCCAAAGAUCCAAACUUUUCGAUAUUAGAAGCCGCUACAUGGAGUGCCGGCUCAAGAACGAUUGUUUUGAAAAUGCAAUAGGUUUCAUCAAAAUGAGCCUCGCGGAUCUCAUUUUCGGAGGAAAUUGGGAUUCUGAAUCACUUGAUCAGCAAAUUGAUCUUAUCAACGCACAUCCUUCCGUUAAAGGUUACCUUGACGAAUUAUCAUUAGAAUACAGUGAGAUUCCUGGUCAGAAUCCUAGUGAUCAACAAUGUCAAGAGUCGCAAUCGCCAUUGGAUACACCAUCUGGAUCUGGAUCCUCUGAACAGGAAGCUCCACCCAAUAAACGGAAAAGGGUUUCCAAGCUUGUGGAUGAAUUGAAAUCAUUCUUUAAACGACCCAAACAUGACGAUCCAUCCGUUUGA